CUGUUGUUUAGGAUAGAAGCUCCCCCCUGCCCUGUGACCGGUUGUGAUUUUUGGAUGCGCCAUGCAAUCUCGCUGGUGGAGUUGUGGAAUUCGGCUGGUGGCAUGGACGUGGGUUUGGAGUCUGGCGUUGCACGGAGCGUGGUGCAUCCCCGCAAAUGAAGUGAACCUGCUGGAUUCUCGCUCUGUGAUGGGUGACCUAGGAUGGGUGGCCUAUCCUAAGAAUGGGUGGGAGGAGAUCGGGGAAGUAGACGAAGACUACGCUCCCAUCCACACCUACCAAGUGUGCCGGGUGAUGGAGCAGAACCAGAACAACUGGCUCCACACCAACUGGAUCCUGACGGAGGGCGCCCAGCGGGUCUUCAUCGAGCUCAAGUUCACCCUGAGAGACUGCAACAGCCUGCCCGGGGGGGUCGGGACCUGCAAGGAGACGUUUAACAUGUACUACUACGAAACGGACGAGGGCGACGAGGAAAUUGACGGAGAGAUGAACGAUGGGACGGGAAUGACGGAGGAGGUGGACAGGGCGAUGAAGGAGAGCAGAUACUUCAAAGUGGACACCAUAGCAGCUGAUGAGAGCUUCACAGAGCUGGACCUCGGGGACCGCGUGAUGAAGCUCAACACCGAAGUCCGCGAUUUAGGCCCCCUGACCCAGAAAGGCUUCUACCUGGCGUUUCAGGAUCUGGGGGCCUGCAUCGCUUUGGUCUCGGUGCGUGUUUUCUACAAACGCUGCCCGUUUUUGGUGAAGAGUUUGGCCGAGUUCCCCGACACCAUCCCGGGCUCAGAAGCCUCGCAGCUGGUGGAGGUAGUGGGCCGCUGCGUCAAUAACUCUCUGCCUUUAUAUGAGCCUCCCAGGAUGCACUGCAGCACGGAGGGCGAAUGGCUGGUGCCGAUCGGGAAGUGUGUGUGCCAGCCGGGAUUUGAGGAAAUCAACGGAUCCUGUCAAGUCUGCAAAGUGGGGUUUUACCGCUCGCUGCUGGAGUCUCCGGCCUGCAGUAAAUGUCCCCCGCACAGUGUGGCCAGGCAGACGGGAGCCACCGCCUGCAGUUGUGAGGAUGGAUGGUAUAAGAUCGACGCCGACCCUCCCAAUAUGGCCUGCACACGCCCUCCAUCUGCUCCACGCAACGCUAUCUCCAACGUCAACGAGACCAGCGUCUUCCUGGAGUGGUCCGUCCCCAUGGAAACGGGUAACAGGAAGGACGUGCGCUACAACAUCCUGUGCAGACAGGUCCUGCCAGAGGGAAGGGGCUUGGAAGAAUGCGGCCCAAACGUGCGUUUCCUGCCCCGACGCGUCGGCCUGUCAAAUACGUCGGUCAUGGUGGCCGACCUGCAGUCACACACCAACUACAGCUUCCUGCUGGAGGCCAUCAACGGGGUGUCAGAGCUGGCAAAAGAGCACGCCAAGCAGUAUGUGUCACUCAAUGUGACAACCAAUCAGGCAGCGCCGUCCCCGGUGAGCGUGGUGAGGAAAGGUGUGACGGGGAAGAGCAGCAUCGCCAUUUCUUGGGCGGAGCCUGACCGCCCCAACGGCAUCAUUCUGGAGUAUGAGAUCAAGUAUUUUGAAAAGGAGCAGGACUCCAGUUAUACCAUUAUAAAAUCCAAGGAGACUGAGAUGGUGGUGGAAGGCCUGAAGCCCUCUUCAGCCUACAUCUUCCAGGUGAGAGCCAGGACCUCGGCAGGCUAUGGCGCAUUUAGCCGACGUUUUGAAUUCCAGACCAGCCCUUACUUAACUGCAACCAGUGAGCGUGCUCAAGCCUCGAUCGUGGCGGUGGCCAUCACGUUGGCUCUGGUCCUGCUGGCGGUGGUCGCUGGAUUCCUGCUAAGUGGACGGCGGUGUGGCUACAGCAAAGCAAAGCAGGAUCCCGAAGAGGAGAAAAUGCACUUCCAUAAUGGUCACAUAAAGUUCCCUGGCGUGCGCACCUACAUUGACCCGCUCACCUACGAAGAUCCCAACCAGGCGGUGCAUGAAUUUGCUCAGGAGAUCGACGUCUCAUUCAUCUCCAUAGAGAGGAUCAUCGGAGCUGGGGAGUUUGGUGAGGUGUGCAGCGGACCGCUGAGGCUUCCCGGGAAAAGAGAGAUCCAGGUUGCCAUCAAGACCUUGAAAGUAGGCUACACGGAACAGCAGAGGCGCGACUUCCUGUGGGAGGCGUCCAUCAUGGGCCAGUUCAACCAUCCGAACAUCAUCCGUCUGGAGGGCGUGGUCACCAAGAGCAAGCCAGUGAUGAUCAUCACUGAAUACAUGGAGAACGGAUCACUGGACACUUUUCUCAAGAAAAACGAUGGCCAGUUUACUGUAAUCCAGCUGGUUGGGAUGCUGCGGGGAAUUGCCUCUGGCAUGAGAUACCUCUCCGACAUGGGCUACGUUCACCGUGAUCUCGCGGCCCGUAACAUCCUGGUCAACAGUAACCUGGUGUCUAAAGUGUCAGAUUUCGGCCUGUCCCGAGUCCUGGAAGAUGACGCAGAGGCUGCGUACACCACACGGGGUGGGAAGAUUCCUAUUCGCUGGACGGCUCCCGAGGCGAUUGCUUACAGGAAGUUCACCUCGGCCAGCGACGUUUGGAGUUACGGGAUCGUCAUGUGGGAAGUGAUGUCAUAUGGAGAGAGGCCAUACUGGGAGAUGUCCAAUCAAGAUGUAAUAAAGGCAGUGGAGGAGAGCUAUAGGUUGCCGGCUCCUAUGGACUGCCCCGAGGCUCUGUAUCAUCUAAUGAUGGACUGCUGGCAGCGAGAGCGCAGCAACCGGCCCAAGUUUGAUGAAAUCGUCUGUCUACUAGACAAACUCAUACGCAAUCCCAGCUCAUUAAAAAAACUGGUCAACUCCUCACACAGGGUUUCCAACCUGUUAGUGGAGCAUGCCAGUGUGGAGGGGAGCUGCAGCGCUCGGAGUCAGACGGUGGGCGAGUGGCUCGACUCCAUCAAGAUGGGGCGCUACACUGAGCUCUUCAUGGAAGGAGGUUACUCUUCACUGGAGACAGUGGCUCAGAUGACUUCAGAGGAUCUCCGAAAAGUAGGAGUGAACCUUGCCGGUCAUCAAAAAAAAAUCAUCACUAGCAUUCAAGAGAUGAGAGUCCAUAUGAACAGCACCAACUCUACUGUAAACAUCUGAUGCAUAUGUACAGGCAUGCGCACACACACAAAUACACACAGUAUAUGGACCUAGUAUGUGACGAAAAAGACUGAGAUUUGCUGUUGGACCUAAAGCAGCUUAGCACUUUCUACGGACAAAGGCACCCGAUGUUUAUGGAUCUAAACUGGAGAAUCCACACAUUUGUGGUUGGUGUGUGUGGAGUUGGCUUGUGGUGUCAUCGGGGGGAUUUGACAUUGCAGCAGUUAAACCAAACUGAACUGAACUGAACUGAGUGGUGCUUCACCGAGGAAAGAGAGCGUGGGGCAACAUUUUUCAUUUUAAAUAUUCAGUUUCUGUGAAUCUUGAGCAUUGUGAAGUCUCUGUUUGGAUUCUCUCAGAUCAAACAUGAAUCCUAGCCUGCAGAUCUGGCUCUGAGAGCAACCAGCACUUUUUGGCUCUAUAACAAAUACGGGAGUUUCACGCAGCAGGCUCAAACUGAACUUUCUCAGCCUGUUUCAGGUGAUUUGAACCCAGUGGAUCUGAACAUUUUGUCUGACAAUUUUCUCUGGAAAUGGAGUUCCAUCACGAGUCAUUGAGCUGAUCGCCAUUCUCAGGUGGGGGAAAUGUAAUAAUGCAUCAAGAGCAACGUGAUCAUUAGCUCAGGCAGGUCUUCAUGCGACAGGACUUCAUUUUGAACACAGCUGUACCACUUAUUCAAGGACCAGACUCAUAUUUAGCAUCAUAUACGCUAUUAUCUUCUAAAGCAAGACAAGAUUACAAAAUGAACAACUUCAUUGUUGAAAGAGACUGAAUAUAUAAUAGAACAGUCUUUGACAAGUGACCCGUCUUGGUCUAGCUUUGUCCAGAAAAGUUUUGGUUUUAUCUAAACAAAGUUAGAAAAACCAUGAAAAGAUACAGGUCUUUACGAAUAAUGACUCCUCUGGCUGAAUGUAUAGCACUACACAACACAUUACGCUUGGUUGCAGCAUCAACUUGGUAUUCAAAUGCUAUCGAAUAGGGCUAGAAUGUGAGGAUAGAACCAUUCUGGUCCUAAAUCUAGCUUCUGAGUGAAUCUGAUGAUUGUAGAAGACAUUGAGCUGGCAUCCUGUCAUCUUUGCUCUGAAACUGUGUAGAAAUUCACAAAAAGACCUUGAUGGGUUUUUGAAAAACUCAUUAAGUUAUCAAGUCCUAAACCACACAGAUUCUGAUUUAAAAUGGCUUCAUCUAACUGUAUACUUUACGCAUGUUUUAUUGGGAAUUUCACUCGGAUGCCGGACAACCCUUCAUUCUAGCAACAUCACCAAAAUCAGUCAGCUUCACCUCGAGGUAUAGAAAGAACUGAGAUCUACUGGAACCAAUUCUCUGAUACUGAUAGAUCCUUCUCCUAGAUUCUGAUAGACCUUCAUACACGUUCUACAAUGGACAUUGAAAAUGCCACGUUCUAAUGGAAAUAUCACGUCAUGUUUCAAGGAACUUCAAGGAGGAUUCAGCUGGGAGAUUCAUAUGGAAAUUCAAGUACUGUUUGAUCAAUCCAGAUGGACGAUUGCUCAUGUGAUUGAUUAAGGAACUUCCAUUCAGAUUCUCAUGGAAAGGAUCGCCCCGAUUCUGGUGGUACUGUUUACUGUAAUUUUUAUGGAACCCUUCGCUCAGAUUUUAAUGAUAUCUAUACUAGGAUUCCAAUGCAGCCUUCACUCAAGAGUGCACUCAGAUUUUAUGGAGCCUUCACUUACAACCGACAACCUUCAAGUACAGCAGGAAACCCUCAGCAAUCUGUUCAGUUCACCAAGCCGUAGUCUCUCUCCACUACCUGUCUGCCACACCACAAUAAACCUCAUUCUUACGGAACUGCUGAAGAAAAAGGAGGCAAUAUUGAUAAUCAUUUAUUUAUAAUUGUUUUUAAAAAAUGAGUAAAAUGGUGUUUGUUUCAUCGUUAUACUCUCUCUUGGACUACUGAGCAGCUCUGCCUACAUGUCUUUCAUGUAUAUAAUGUAUUAUAUAUUUAAAGCAGGGAGCAUUGUUCUUCUGUCUACCAUCCUGUGGACAAGUUGGUAUUGAUCAAGCAUCUCAUUAGUAAAUAGUGACAAUUAUUCUGAAUCAGCAUUCCUGCUACUCUGGCACUCUGAGGUGGGGGCAACCAGCACAUCUGUCUUCAUAUAUGGGUGCCCAAAAGGGUAGCAGAAUUAUCAAAUAUUCAUGUUUUGUUGAUGGUAAUUGUGUUUCAUUUCAAGUUUUGGUGAAAGACCUAGAAAUAUUUCCCGAGGCCCUCAAUGAGACAGCAAUAGAUACUUGCAGGUGUGGGCACAGGGAUGGAUAUAUGUACUUCUGGUAUGUUUUAAAGGUAUACAAUGAUGUCAAUGACCAAUUCCUUGCUUUACUUCUCUUUGGUAUGUCAAACAUUGCUACUCUGUGCUUUAUUGAUAACACUUGACCCUUCCCCCUUUUGUUCACCUGAGCGGCAAAUUAGUUCUGACGGUAUAUUUAUCUUCUUUGCAGAUGACAUACUAAUAUUUUUCUUGGUAAUACGCAGUGUACUGCUAGUGCUGUGGCUUAAGAGUGGAAACGAAAUGAGAUUGUAAAGUUAGUUUUUUAAGAAGUGGUUUCUCCUGACUGUUUGAAGAGUAUAGAAAAGCACAGAAGAAGAUUGUAAGGUUUUAAAGGGGGUAUUUCACUUUUUUUGGAGGAAAUGUCCCUUGAGGAGUUAAAUAGAGGGCCUCAUUGGUGGAAAAAAGCCACCGUACUUGCCACCUGAUCAAGGUCAUGAUCAUGUUUCUUGACUGGUUUUAUAACAGAUUGUCAGUGAGGAAUGGUCACAAUUCGUAUUCUUUAUGGGCAUCGGUUUUUAAAAGUCAAAAUGUUCUACCAAAGUGAAAGUUUGCUUGAAAGAUAAACAUCUGCAUAGUCAUUUUAGUCUAGAAGUAUCACUUUGGAGGUUUGACGCCAAUGUGUGUGUGAUUGUACUAGAUCCUGGGAAAAAUGGCCGCCAAAAUAGCUGUUUAGCAUCAAAAUAUGUGGGUAUGUCCCUCUAUUAAGCCAAAUUGUACAUUUUUAUUCAACCAAGUUUCAUUCUAAGACUCAAAAGUGAGUCCUACUUUUGGCAGUCAAACAUGUAUCAUGGUUAUGCAGAUAUUUAAUUUAGCGGGGGAAGCGUCAACAAUAUGGUGAAUCUUUUAUAGACAGUGAUAGGCAUGUACAGAGAAAGUAAUUGUGCUGGCUGAUCAAUACCGCAGGCGUUUGAUGACGUUUUCACAGUGUUCUGAUCCCUCCCAAAUGUCAUGUUAUUGGCUUUUUUACAACAAACUUAAUUUUCAACUUAAAGCCCACACCUGGGUUAUGAACAAUUGGUGAAUAGUAUACACUUAUAAGUGCCUCUCAUCUUACGAGCACCAUUUUUUUUCCUCCCCUGCCAAAAUGCUAUGCCCCAAUUGUGCCCCAACUUUCUAUGUAAUUUGCUUUUUGCCAACAAUAUCUACAGGCAAUAAGAGGAAUGUCAGACAAUGUGUAUGUUGGAACGAAUUUAAUUUGCACUUUAUUAGAAAUCUUGUGCCCUUUUUGUUUGACUAAAAAUGUCUAUAGGUGACUGACUUUUCAGUGUCAAAGUUGUUCUUAAUGAUUUAAUAUAUAGAUAUAAUUACAGUAUUCCCACUUCAUAUUCUCAAUGCUUCCCAUAGUUUUAAAUUUGACAGUUAAGCACAAAGCAUUGGUGAUAUUUUUUAAAGACAAAUCAGAGCUAUAUAUAUGGAAAAGCGUUAUUGAUGUCGAGCACCAUUUUCUUGUGUACGGCACAACGAUACACCUUCAGAACGUAAGCACAGGGUCGGAUAGGAAUCUUAAAGGACGGUGAACGAACGAUAUGACUUUGUACAAGCGUCAAUAGCACUAGCCCUCGAUGUCAACAAACUGUGGUGUUUGUGGCAUUUUUUGCAUUACCACUUGUAAAAAGCAGGUGUUGAUGUGUCACUGGAAACAAUACAGCUUAGUUGAUAGUUGUUGCUGCGUGAAACAUCUUCAUUAAUUCAAGUGAUUUACUGUCAGCACUUUUGCAACAACAUGAUUUUAUUCUGGUCGUCUCUUUGUUAAACAACUGGAAGAAACAAAGCACAGCCAACCAGCUGUAAGACUGUAAAGAUUGUUGGUGUGUUGUUUCUCUACAAUGACUUCCAGCUGUAUCUCUCAUCAAACAUGCAGUAAGGUGUUAUGCAGGAGCCCGUUUUUAGUGUCAAAUUACAUUACCAACAUGUUUAAUGUUACAUCUGAUUCAACAACUUUGUAGUUUGAAUAUGACUUUCAGAAGAGGGUAAUCUAAUUUAUUCACACCAAUAUAAACAGACAUUUCCAGAACAAGUACUUGCAGGUGUACUAAUUGACAUUUUUGAUUGAAAGCACUGCAUAAACCGUUGAAUAGGAGGUUUGACUGGAUUCUAGCAAAUGUACAAAAGCAAUACUUCAUUUCUUAUCUUUCAAAAAACAUAUAUGCACACACAAGUGCAUGGCAAUUUAACAACCAUAAAAGGUUGCACUGACAUCUGACUGGAUUUUAAAAUAAUAGUGUUGGUAUCUUUAAAAAAACGUUAAAAAUGGGUACAUUUAUUAUCUCAUGGAAAUGUGGUCAAAGUGGAACAUGUUCAGCUUUCACUCAAAAUAUCAACAUGCUAAAGCAGGUUUGCGGUUAUUAGGUUUUCCCCAGGUCAAAGACAACAAUCAAUUUAUCAGUAAUUCACUCAUAAGGUUUUAUGAAUAACUGUUUUGUGAUUCUUUGAAAGCACAGUAAAGAUAAUAUUGGUGUGCUAUUGGUUUGUCUUUGAGACUGUCAUGUAUUAUGUUUGUGUUGAUGUUUUUGUAGUGUGUUAUAAAAUUCUAUAUUU